AUGGCAGACGGAUUUCCAACUCAGAGCCAAAUCGAGCUCUGCUCUCCGCGUGGCAAUGACUUUCCAGGAACCAGCACGGAAACCCUACUCACACGGGAUGCCCUGGAGCUGGCCCGGGUGGGGAAGAAAGAGGUUAUGAAGCGAAGAUUCCGCCUCGCAAGCACCGUUGGAUUCGCGAGUAGCCUGAUGAUCACAUGGGAGGCGAUGAUGAUGUCUGUCAUUAAUGAUUCUAGUGGAGGUCCCCCGGGGCUGAUAUAUGGAUACAUCGGGGUGUGGAUUGCUUUUUUGAGCAUUUUCGUCUCUAUGGGGGAGUUGGCCAGCAUGAUACCUUCGGCUGGUGGUCAAUACCACUGGACAAGCAUUCUCGCUCCGGCAUCCUCCAAACGAUUCCUCAGUCACAUCACCGGUUCCAUCACCAUCAUCGCCUGGGAGACCGUGGCCGUAGGCAACUAUGUCAUUAGCGCGAGCGUUCUACAAGGCACCGUAGAACUCGGCAGACCCCAAUAUGACCCCAAAGGAUGGCAUGUAACUUUUAUUACCUGGGGAAUUCUCUUGGUUUCCCUGCUCGUCGUCACCUACCUGGGCGUGGUUCUGCCAGCCAUCGAGAUCUUUAUCCUAGUGAUCCACAUCUUUGGCUUCUUCGCAGUUUUGUUCUCUCUGAUUGCCCUGGGUCCCCAAUCCGAUGCGCAGUCUGUCUUCUCUAUGCUCGUGGACCUGGGCAACUGGCAUGAUAUUACCCUGUCCUCGUUCGUGGGACUCCAAGGCACAGCGGUGGCAUUUGUGGGCAUGGACGGGGCUAUCCACAUGGCCGAAGAAGUCGAAAACAGCAGCAUCGUCGUCCCCCAAUCGAUGCUCCUCGCCAUCGUAAUUAAUGGAGCUCUCGGAUUCGCCAUGCUAAUCACCAUCCUCCUCAAAUCGGGGGACAUUCAAGCCCUUCUCGACUCCGACACUAAAUACCCCUUCAUGUUCGUAUUGGAAAACUCCACGCAGAGCAAAACCGCCGCCAUCAUCCUUUCCAGCAUGCUUGCCAUCCUAACUGCCUGUGCCGGAUUAUCCACCCUCGCCUCCGGCAGUCGCAUGCUUUGGUCUUUCUCUCGCGAGAAAGGAGUCCCGGGCUGGAACUGGAUUCGUCAGGUCCACCCCCGAACCACCCUCCCCAACCACAGCAUCUUCAUCAUCGUAAUCGCCACCGCCCUCAUCAGCCUCAUCAACGUCGGCUCGAACUACAUCCUCAACAUCACCCUCUCGCUCAUCAUGCAAGCGUUUUUCGCCUCGUACAUGAUCCCACUCUCCCUCCUUCUCUACCGCCGAAUGCAAGGCCACAUUGCCGACCCGAAAGAAGCAAACGCAGACUCCCCCGACAAACCCUACAUCUGGGGUCCGUUCCGGGUGAAAGGGUGGCUCGGCAUCGCGAAUAAUAUCUUUUCGAUUGUUUGUCUGGUGAUUAUGUUUCUGUUUGGGUGUUGGCCGUUGCAGAAUCAUCCGAGUCCAAGGGAGGUGAAUUAUAGUAUUGCGUUGACGGGGGGCGCGACGGUGUUGGCGGUGGUGUAUUAUUUGGGGUGGGCGAGGAGGGUUUAUAGGGGGCCGGUGGUGGAGGUGAGGGUUUAUGCUAGUUCUAGGUAAGGAAUUACUAGGGGGGUUUUAUGUUUUGAGGGGGAAGGAUUAUGUUCGUCAUGAUGUAGGGCUGGGAAAGGAGAGUCGGGGGUUAAUUACUUGAGGAGUGGUAAAUAUGGUCAAU